AUAUUUCAACGUGUUUUAAUUCAAGUAUUAGCUAACGCAUUUUUGUGAAACUGGAAUAUUUUUGUUUAUUGAUAUUCCAUUAUUUAAUUGGUAAAGAUGUUGGUUUCGCCGCCUAUAAUAGAAGAGAGAGAAAUUCAUGAGCCAUUGUUUUGCGGGCCUGGACCAUGCAACUUAUUACCUUCCGUUAGACAGGCUCUAACUAAGCCCGUUAUGUCACCAAUGUGCGAUGCUUAUUUUGAGGCAAUGGCAGACAUUCGUGCGGGGCUCAAAUACGCAUUUCAAACUAAAUCGGAUCUGGUCCUCUCAAUAAGUGGGUCCGGUCACAGUGGCAUGGAGACUGUCAUCUGUAAUCUCCUUGGCCCUGACGAUACGCUUUUGAUCGCCAGUCGGGGUAUUUGGGACCAAAGGGCGUAUAUUAUGGCUAAUAGAUAUGGCAUCAAAACAUUUAAAACUGAAGUACCAAUUAAUGCCACGUUCAGUUUUGAGCAAAUUGAAAAUGAAUUGAAGAAACUGAAGCCUACAGCACUCUUUAUAACGCAUGGGGACUCGUCUACAGGAUCUGUACAGAAUUUGGAUGGCCUUGGCAAAAUUUGUCACAAAUAUGGAACACUCCUAUUGGUGGAUACUGUAGUAUCGCUUGGUGGGGUACCAUUUCUAAUGGAUGAAUGGGAAGUAGAUGCAGUGUAUACUUCAACACAAAAGGCACUAAGUGGACCAGCUGGUAUCGCGCCCGUCGCCUUCAGUCGCCUUGCUGAACAGAAAAUAAACAAGCGGACUCACGAACCGCCUUUCUACUUUGAUGUAAAACUACUCGCAAGGCAGUGGAAUUGUUAUGGAGAUACAAAAGAAUACCACCACACGCAAAGUCCGCCGAUGAUAUGGGCGCUUCGAUGUUGCCUCAUGGAGCUAUGUAGGGAAACUCUACCAAAGGCCUGGGCUCGCCACGCAGCCACUUCAGCACAUUUCCAAAAGAAACUUCAAGAUUACGGCUUCGAAUUCUUCAUUCCAAAACCAGAGGACAGACUUGGAACCGUUACGACAGUUCUAAUUCCAAAAAGAUGUAAAAGCGAAGAAUAUUUAAAAUAUAUUCGGGAAAAACACGAUAUAAUAAUGUUUGGAGGCUUAGGCCCUACAGCUGGUAAGGUUCUACGAAUUGGACUAAUGGGAGUUAACGGUCAUGUAGAAAUAGCUACUAAGGUUGCAAAUGCUAUGGCGGACACCACAAGGGCUGUUAUGAAGAGUUCCCUAUAAAUCUUUUGUCCUGUUCAGCCUUUUAGUCAAUGUAAAGUCUUGAGUUAUAAAAAAAAAAUGGGUGAUAUACUGUAACUAUAAAGUUUACGAUAGCUGUUAACUGUUUGUAAGUUUAAACUAAUUUAUAAAUAAAAUGCUCAAUAUC